UUACUGAGGAACACCACUGAACAGGUCAUGGAUGGAUCCAAUCUCAGAACUGAAGCUCCUACGAUGGAACCCAGCGCUAAACUGUUUUGCUGUCGCUGUAUACGGCGCUGCCUUCCUCUGGCCUAUAGAGAGGAGAUCUACCACAUUUUGUGCAUGACUGGACCCCUGCUCAUGUGUCGCUUCCUGAAUUUCCUUCUGUUCUUUGUGGUCACCAUGUUCUGUGGCCGGCUGGGAAACACAGUGCUUGCAGGUUAUGGCAUGGCUUCAGCUACAAUCAAUAUAACCACAGCAGCAACUGGAAUAGGAUUAGCUCUGGCAUGUGAUACACUGGUUUCACAGACAUUUGGGAGUAAGAACCUGUUGCACGUGGGAAUAAUCCUGCAGAGAAGUAUUCUGAUCCUGCUGCUCUUCUGUUUGCCUUGCUGGGCUCUGCUUAUCAACACCCAGCACCUACUGCUUCUUCUGGGACAGGACCCUGAUAUAGCCAGGGUAGCACAGAUAUAUGUUUUUGCAUAUCUUCCUGCUGUUCCAACUAUUUUUCUAUACCAGUUACAAAUUUCCUACCUGCAAAACCAGGGUGUGAUUCUACCACAAAUGUAUGCAGCUGUGGUUGCCAAUAUCAUGAAUGUGCUGGUUAACUAUGUGUUGCUGUUCUGGUGGGAUCUUGGAGUGUAUGGUUCAGCAGCAGCCAACAGUUUUGCACAGAUUUUUACCUGCUUUGCUCUUUUCGCUUACAUUCGCUUCAAGAAACUCCAUGUCAAGACAUGGGGAGGUUGGUCCGCAGAGUCAUUGCAGGCAUGGGGAAGCUAUAUGAAGCUAGCUGUCCCUAGCACACUAAUGGUAUGCUUUGAAUGGUGGAUCUACGAGAUUGGAGGAUUCUUAGCAGGAAUGUUGGGGGAGGUGGACUUGGCUGCACAACAUGUGGUCAUAAUGCUGGCUUAUAUAAACUACAUGGUUCCAGCUGGUUUGCACAGUGCAGCUUGUGUACGUGUAGGUAACGCCCUGGGAGCUGGAAAUACUGCAGGAGCAAUUCUCACCAGCAAAAUCGCUUUCAUAUGUGCAGCUGUAUUGGCAGUUGUUCAGGGUGGUAUCCUUGGUGGAACUAAAUCAGUCAUAGGCUUUAUAUUCACCUCAGAUGAGAGCAUUGCACAGUUGGUUUCUGAACUCAUGAGCAUCUACUGCCCCCUGCAGUUCUUCAAUGGAUUAUUGUGUGUUGCUAUGGGCAUACUCCUGGGCACUGGGCAGCAGAAGAUUGCAGCCAUUGCUAAUCUCAUUGGUUACUACUGCAUUGGACUUCCAUCAAUCAUUGCACUGACUUUUCCUGCCAAGUUAAAAGUUGCUGGCUUUUGGUGGGGCCAUUUCAUUGCAGACUUCUUGCUUUCAAUCUUUUUCAUCGUCAUUAUCUUCAAACUAAACUGGAAGAAAUUAACAGAAAAGGCUAUUGAGCGUGCAGGAUUGGGGAACAACAAAGGUGUAAGAAAUCCAGAGUUUAGAUCCAGCCACAGACUUUCUGAUUCCUUUUUCCUUGCAGUCAGUAAUGGAGAGAUGCAGAAUGGAAAUGGCUACAAGGCUGUGAGUUCACAGGACGAGGAUGAAGAAAGAAACACUUCAACCCCUCAAGAGAGACUAAAAAUGGCUCAGGAUGAGAAAAAAAUGAGCCAAGAACAGAAACUGUCCACCUGUCAGAUUAUAAUCAGAAGAGGACUGACUGCUCUUACUGCUGUCCUUAUUCUCUGUAUAGGAGUCACUGUACAUUGUAUUGUACCUUUGCCUGAAGUGGCCUCUAUCACUAACAACACUUUAGAGGAAAACUUUAUUACCACAGUCACCCCACAAACGUUUUUUAAUACUGCCUAACCUGGGGUAGACAGUUUUUUUAACGGAUAACACAUAUUACUUUAGUAGUAAAGUAUUCUUUAAUAGCAAUGUGCAAUUCCCUUAUGAUAAACAAACUACUUGGGCUAAGA